CACCCGCAGCAGCCGCAACAGUCUCAGGCCCAUCAGAUUCACCCGGGUCGAUCAGCCGGGCCAGGCCAGGCACCAUCACUUCCGCCUGGUCCACCUAAGCCAGGCAUGCACCCAGCGUCGACCCAGCCCCAGCCUACCUCAUCGCAGCCAGGUCGUCCUCCUCCCCCUGGUGUGUCAACUGGUGGCCCGCAGCCCCACAUGUCCUCAACGGGGCCAUACUCGCAGCAGCCACCGCACGCAUACGCCCAACAGUCGCAGACUCCGCAUCCAGGCCAUGCCGGGGCGACUGGCCAGGGGCCCCCUCGGCCACAGGGACCGAGUCCCGCCUAUCGGCCUCCUGGGCCUGGCCAACCCCCCGCGAGCCAUUCGACCGCUUCUCAGGCUCCUGGGCCUGCCUCGGGUGCAAAUGCCCACGCGCAACCGCACCAGUCCUCCCAGCCAUAUCAACCACAGCAGCCGCAACAGCAGCCACAUCCCUCGCAUGUCCACCACCCGCAGCAUCCGCAGCAUCCGCAGCAUGCCUCGCACCCGCAGCGGCCGCAGCAACCGCAUCAUGCGCAGCAGCCGCAGCAAUCGAACCAGCCUAAGCAGCAGCAGCAGCAGCAGCCACAGCAGCAGCAGCAGCAGCAGCAGCAGCCACAGCAGCAGCAGCAGCAGCAGCAACAACAACAGCAGCCGCAGCCGCAGCCGCAGCCGCAGCAACAAAAGCAGCAGCAGCAGCAGCAACAGCAGCAACAUUCCUGGCAACAGCCCUCCAUGCCCACCUCCGGACCUACUCCUGCCACGACUCCUUCCGCCUCAGCCUCUUCGUCCAUGGGCAGCGAUCCAUCGCGGCACCUUGCCACGUCGUCUCGAUCGGCUGAGCCUCCGAAAAAAGCCGGGCCCUCGGGUCCCCCCGCUGGAAGCUACACAUUUAAGAACAUCAUGGAGGAUUUCCAGGCCUACAUCAAGGAGCUUUUGCGAAUUGUGGAGACCCUUUCGCGGGACCCCUCUUUCUCUGGGGCGGCAAAUUUGCGUGGCCAGUUCGUGAGCUACAUCAUGGAAUACCAAAAUGAGCCCCUGCUCAAAGUCGUCCGCAGUGACAACUACACCCAGAUGGACAUGGAUCUGCGCUCUCGGCAAGUCGGCCAGUCGCUGCAAUCCCUGAAGAAGACCCACGAAAGGGUGCAAUCCCUACGCCUGCAAUUGCUGGAGAUGUACCCCCAGCUGGCAAAUGUCCUGCCACAGAUGCCAGAUCGUCUGAAGAUGGUCCUCCGGGAAGAUCGACCCAAGCCACCGACAGCGGAACACAUCAUUGUCGAUCUGUCGGACGAGUCGCAUCAAACGGCCACCACCGCGCCGGCUGUCGCACCCCCGGCCGCAGCCCCAGCAGUCCCCGCGCUGGGUACCCCGGCGGCCAAUGCCACCACGGCGCCUGCCUCGGCAGCGGGAACCCCCGCCGCCGGGUCAGCCUCCGCCUCAUCGGCCACCACCUCCACAACAUCCUCCUCUUCGUCCUCUGCUGCCUCGCCAAUCGCCUCUCCACAACAGCAAUCACCCACAACUUCGAGCGCCGCAAGUGCCGUCCCAGUCGCGACAACAACCCCAACAGCCGCCGCCGCCGCCGCCGCCGCCCCAUCGGCAGUCUCUUCUUCCACCGCCAGUGCUGCUGUUGCCUCGGCCCCCCGCACCGCUCCAGCCUCUUCGAUUGGGCCCUCUCCUCCGGUCGCUCCCUCUGCGCCAGUCACCCAUUCGGCCACUUCGGCUCCCUCGCCCACCCUGUCUGGUUCUGCUGCCUCGCCCACUCCGGUUCCUCCCGUUGCGGCAGGCGCUCCGACACCCUCUGCACCUGAUCCAACAACUGCUGUGCCACCGACUGCCCCCGGCAGUGGCAAACCAGUCCACUCUCAGACCACCAUGCCGACGGCCACGGCGACAGCGACAACUACGCGAGGCGCCACUUCUCGGCCCAGCCUACCACGGAAUGGGUCCCCGACACUCAAAUCGCCUCCAGCCUCGGGCGGGCCUACUCCCAGCGCCAUGCCUUCCACUGGCACCUCUGUCGGCCAGCGGGGUCCCCCUGCUGCGAGUCCGGUUGAGCUGAAGCCGGAGACCGGCACCCCGCAGGUGGGCUCGAUGGCGCCGGGGGGCCGUCCACUGAGACGGGGAGACCCUCCUCCCAGAAUGCUCCCAACCUCCGGGGUGCCCCUGCGGCCAGGCAAGACCCUCAAGCCGUGGCUGAUGCCGGUCAGUUCCUCCAGCAACAGGCUCCGCUGGUGGCAGCCCGGCAGAAGGCUCGCUUGGCCGCCAUCCCCCCGGACACACCGCUGAUGACCAUUCUCCGCCAGGCUGCUGCUGCCCCGUCGGAAAAUGGCGCAUUCAAUCAGAUGCGCCGCGAUCUGAGCUCCAAUCUGUCGAUGGUGUGUUUGCAUCUGCCGCCGGCCAUGCCACACGUUCAGCGGUAUGCGCCGGAGCGGCGGACUGCCGGGCCGGAAGCGGCCUGUGGCCAGCCGGCUGCCUCCGCUGGCCCUGGGUCAUUGACCCCUGGUUCGCUGGAUCCCCAUGCCAUGGCUCUCUUCUCCGGGCGCCCGGCUGAUGGGGUGUGGUUCGAUAGCAAGACUGUUCCGUAUGUGCCGGCGCGCAAACGCAUGCGCAUUGAUGGCAUGCUGGAGCUCGACCGGCUGCUGAACAACUAGGCCGUCGCGUAAAUACCCUGGCGCCUGUUACACUUGCGACGCACAGCCUCGCCCGCACAUCCCCCCCCUCCCUCCCCCCGCCUGUGAACGCCUGUGAAAUACAUCGCACCCAGACAUCGC